AUGUCUGUCAGGCCCAGCGGUGGCCCCAAGCCAUCCGGGCCGUCGCUCCUGGCCUGCCUCAGCUGUCGCCAGAAGCAUCUCAAGUGCGAUGGAAAGAUGCCCAUCUGUGGCCGCUGUACGACAUCGGGGUCGGAAUGUCAGUAUACCCCUUCUCGUCGAGGGUACAAGGGACCGUCCAAGAGGCGUCGCGCAAACCCGUCAUCGCCAGACCAGACUUCCGCAGAUGCACCCUUUGAUCCCGUCAUGGAUAUUCCACACGAUUAUGGCUUCCAGUCAGGAUACGGAUUCCCAUUGCCCACCACUCUGCCCUCAUCCGGAUCGGAGAGUGCCGGAAAUAAUUUCCAGAUGGUCCCUCAGCCGACAAUGCAGCCCCCCGCGACAGUCACCACCACUCCGCUAACACCAGACUCUAUCGCAUCGCUUAGCGGGGAUGGAUAUCUCGUCGAUCUCUUCUAUACAUACUUCCAACCCGCCCAUCCCAUCCUUCCCCCGCUCCGUCUGCUGUACCGCUAUUCCCCGCCUCCGUACCUCGAGCAGGUCCUCAAGUUCAUCGGAGCGCAUUAUACCCCAGCUGCAUCCAGUGAAGUCUACCGGUCCAACGUUGUUUCCAAUGUCGUCGACCAGGGCGAUACGAUUGAGAAGGUCCAAGCCUUGAUCCUGCUCACAGUCGUCCUGCAUUCCCGGAACGAGCGGGCGGAAGCAGGAGAAUGUCUGGCCAAGGCCGUUGAUCUGGCCUUCCGGCUGGGAUUGAAUCGCAAGGAUUUUGCAGAGACCAUGAGUGGAGGCGAUCCUGUCCGCGAGGAGAGUCUGCGGCGGACCUGGUGGGAACUCUUCUUUAUUGAAGGCAUGCUGACCGCUCUGGGAGUGCGGCAAAGCUUCACGAUGAGUAUGGUGCCUUUGGAGGUGCCAUUGCCGUGCGAAGAGCAGAUCUACCGAGACGGAUUGUGCCCCCCUUCUCCGCCUACCGUUUCUCAAUUUGACGAUCGCGUAUUCGUCGACGAGGAGGUCGACUUCUCCUCGUUUGCCUACCGGAUUGAGGCAAUCCGGAUCUUAGGACGCGUUGUAGCCAUCCAGGAGCUCACCGAAGGCCAGCAGGACCAGGUGGAGGCCGUUGAUGCGCGAAUCGCCAGCUGGUAUCACAAUCUGCCCGAGUCGAAAACAGAACUCAUGCGCCCUGAUGGCGGCGUGGAUGAAAUGAUGUUCCAGGCACGCAUGGUCGUCAACGGCGCCGCCAUCUUCCUGCACUUCCCCCGUUCUGAUCUGCUCUCUUCACCUGCUGUGGCGGCGUCAGUCAUCUGUGGUCAUUCGGGAACCGUCCUGGUGCCAAUUUUUUCACACCACACACAUGCCAUGAAAGCGAUCAAGUCCGCCAGUGAGAUCUCUAACUUGGCUGCCACACGAUUGCCUGUAAUCAGGCACACCCCCUUCUUUAUAUGUGCCCUGGUCCUCAGCUCUAUUGUCCAGCUCGCAGGCUAUUCCGUGAAGGCGGGACAAAUGCCUGAUCCUCGCCGCGACCGGUUGACUCUGACCAUUGGGGUCUUCAAGUCCCUUGGUCGCACCUGGGCCAUCUCGCAGACUAUCAUGCGGCAGAUCAAGGUUGUUGCGAGAGACGUUCUGGAUAUUGGUCUGCGGCCGGCGGCUGAGCAACAUGAGCUUGAUUUCACCGCAUUCCUCGAAGGAAGCCAGUUCUGGCUGCAGGAUGCACCCGCCAGUUGA